GGUUGGUGUUAUAUUUUCUUCAACUUCUUGUGCUUCUUCUCUGACACAAUGAAUGAAACGAUGUAUUUUAUCUAUUUAUAACAUUCAUAUUUUGUUUUAUUUUUCUGAUUUGAAGUCUGGCUUUGGUACUAUAACAUUUGGAUGACAUUUUCAUGGUGAAAUCACUGAUAAAUGUGUCAAAUUUAAAUGCAUUUGCAGCAUGUAUUUUGCUGUUGGCUGGCCCAAAUAUUAUGGCGCUAAUAACAUUAAGAAUAAUCAGCCUUGUGGAUUCAAGUUUAAUCGAGAUCGCUCUAUUCUAGCCGUUUUAACCGAAGAUACAUUGACACUGUGGUAUUGUCGUCCAUUUGUUGUGAUUGUGUCGUAUCGUCGAUCAAGAACUUCUGUGGACGAGUUUGGUGGAAAUGAAGAUUUUGCAUGGAAAUUUGAUUCAUCAGCCAUUGUAAUAAAGACAUCAAAUGGAGGAUUGAUUUUUUAUGAGUUAAAGCUUUCCAAAGGAGACUCAGGACAACUAUACGUUCUCAAAAACCAGAGAAAUAUUGGCAAUCCUAACUACAAGAUAUCGUACGAUGUACCAGCAAUAUUACUGUCUGAAACAACUCCAAUUUCAAUCGUUGGCGGAGUUUCGAGCCUGUCAAUCAAACGGAACGAAAUAUUUGUAGCAAGUAGAUUGGGAAUUCUACAUCGUGUUUAUUGGAAUGGAACAGUUGAUAAAGAGCUUUCUCUUCCAGUAUCGUCUAUUCCAUUUUCACUUGACUUGGAAACGCCGAUUGAGUCGGCUCAGUAUCUUAAAUCGUCAGAAAGUGAUAUACGUGAUAUGCAGUACAGUGCUUUACUUGGAGGCUUUGCUAUUGUGUUGAGAAAUGGUCGUGGGGGUUUUCUAUCUGCGUCUACGUCCAAGUUUGAACCACAAGAUGUUCUUGCCAUCUGGGCCCGAGAUUUGACGCAGGCUACCUGCGUUAAACUUAACCACAAAUUUCGAAUCAUUGCCUAUGGCUGUACUCAUGGUGGUUGUAUGCUGUACUCGUUUGAUGAGGUCACUGGUGCCUUACAGUUCUCGCACAAAAUUGAGCUACAAACUAAACAUUUUCUGACUUCAAUCAAUCAAGUAGAUGCAGUGGAAAAUCUUUGUUUUAGUCCCGAUGGUCAUGUCUUGGCUGUAUCGUGGGUUGGUGGAGGUUUUGCUGUGUGGAGUGUUUUUGGUUCUUUUUUGUUUUGUUCACUAGACUCAUCGUCUCACGGGUUACAAGGAGAUGUAUUUUGCGGUAAACCAUGGCACGUUAGUGCAAUGGAAUGGAGCGUUGAAGGUUACAAUUUAUUGUUGGCGAUAGAGAAACCGCUGGAAGAUAAAUGGAGUGGAACUGGUGAGAUUGUUCAUAUCCCGUUUGUCAAGAGUGUCUUGACCGCUAACCCAUGUGUGGCAAACCAUCACCAUUUAGUUCUCCAGGGCGAAACAUGUCUGUAUUUAAGUACAGCUGAUGUAAUAUCAGACACACGGACACAUCUACACGAUGCAUUCGGUAUUGAAGGCUCUGGUUUUGAUUGUCAUGAUGGUAGUAACUCACCUUCUAGUACUAAACAUUGGCAGAUUGUUCAGUAUCCUCAAAUCUACAUUGAAAAGAACUGGCCAAUCAGGAGCGUUGCUGUUGACGAAUCAGGGAUGUAUUUUGCAAUCGCGGGUCGGAUGGGGGUUGCGCAUUAUUCUUUACUUAGCAGAAGAUGGAAGUUAUUUGGGAAUGAAUCACAGGAGCAAAGUAUUUAUUGUCGCGGUGGACUUCUUUGGUGGAACGAAUUCUUAGUGAUAGCUUGUUACAACAUGCAUUCCGGUAGUGACCAGAUACGCUUUUAUCCACGUCUAUCCAAUUUGGACAAUGCUUUUGCCAGUGAAAUAAACCUAACAUGCUCGCCUUUUCUGAUCAACAUCUUAGACAAUAUCUUGUUGGUUUACUGUUCUGAUUGUAAACUAACGUUUUAUUGCUUGGAUAAAUUAGCUGAGGGUGAAUCAGAUCACAUUCAGAUAUCACGCAUGCAAGAUGUUUCAUUAGUUCCUCACGUACCUCAUCCACUAUCUGUGAUUGAAAUUACUUUAAGCAUGGCAUGCUUCGAACAAGGUUGUGUCAGCUCCAGUAUAAGCAGAGUUGAGUCAUUGUUAGUGAAUAUUGGUGGGAAAUUGAUGAUGCUCCAAAGACUUCAUGAAAAAGAGAAGCGAAAAAAGAUGCAAUUUUCAGCACCAGUCGUUCUUGCUUCGUGUGUUGAAGGAAUAUGGUCAUCAUUGAAAACGUCUUCAACUGACAAACAACAUUUAGUCGAAGCGUUAUGGUUAAACUGUGGUGUUUCUGGAAUGAAAGUUUGGCUUCCAUUGUUUCCUGGGGACGAUGAAAAACCUCCGAACUUUCUAUCGAAGAGAAUUAUGCUUCCAAUACAAAUGUCACUUUGCCCACUUGUUGUUUUAUCGAAAGAAGCACUUGUUGUUGGGGCUGCGUCGGAACCUGUGCAUUUGAAUCUUUCAUCUAAUCUUCCAAUUUCUCCGGAAGAACCAUUUCCUUUGUAUGCACUGGAAAGACCGGCUCAAGUCUACCUUCACCAUCUUUUACGCCAGCUACUUCGAAGAAAUCUUGGUAUUCAUGCACUACGGAUUGCUCGGAGUUGCAGUGAACUUCUAUAUUUUCCUCAUGUGCUUGAAUUGAUGCUUCAUGAAAUACUCGAAGAAGAAGCCACAGCAUCAGAGCCCUUGCCAGAUGCGAUGCUUCCAAGAAUCGUGGCAUUUAUUCAGGAAUUCCCAGAAUACUUACAAACCGUGGUACAUUGUGCCCGGAAAACCGAAGUAGCGUUAUGGAGUUAUCUUUUCGCUGCCGUCGGAAAUCCACGAAAUCUGUUUGAGAAAUGUCUUGAAGAUGGAUACCUUGAAACAGCUGCUUCAUACCUAAUCAUUCUACAGAAUCUGGAAACGCCUGAAGUCAGCAAACAGCUUGCGACAAUUCUGCUUGAGGCUACUUUAUCCAGUGAUAAGUACGAGAUUGCAAGAGACCUUGUUCGUUUUCUUGGCUCCAUAAAAGUGAGUGAUUUUGACUCCCCACCGCAGAGCCCGUGUAUCAAGACACUUGUAAUGUCGUCUGCUCUGCCUUCUCUUGUGGACGACGAAGAAGAUGACCUCACCCCUCUUCCCCAAGGGAUUCAAUCACAUUCACAGUCUGGGAGUAGCAGGAUGAGUCCAAGGCCACCAUUAACCCGCAUCAGCUCCUCAGAUAAACUUCAAAACAUUAGACCGUAUGAAAAAUCAGCAAGUCGAGGUCGUCAUACAUCUGAGGAUAGAUCCUUAACGGGAAAAGGUUCUGUAUCAGGAAGGAAAUGGGACUCUCAAGAACAUAUAGAAGGUCCUGGUGGAUCCCAGCAUAUUGUGUUCAGAUACGCAAGAGAAGAUGCCCCUGAGGGAUUUUUCUUGGAUACCAUUCUGAACCGCCAUUCCAGAAAGUUGUUAUCAAGUAACAGACUAAAAGAUCUUGGUCGCUUUUCAGCUUAUCUUGAUUUUAAUCUCAGAGAGUGGCUUCGGAAGGAAAGAGAUCGAGCCGCAAUAGUUAACGAUUUUAUCGAAGCAUUUCUCAGUAUUCAUCGUCAGUUCGAUUGGCCAUUCCCUUCACGAACAACGGUGAAUGCUAUUACCACAGAAUCCUUGUCGCUACGAACCAGUUUUCUCUCCUCCUCUGGUAACCGGUUGAUUUGGGAAAAUCAUGAUAACACAGUCCCGAACAAUUCUCCAAACAUCGAAGAUAUACAAACAGCUCUUUCCGAGGUUGAGUUAAAGGGAGUACAAGUCGAGCAGUCUGAAGCGAGCUCAGUUUCAUUCUCACUAGACGAUGACCCAGAAGGCUUGGAGGACAGUACAUGGAGUUAUGAUACAAACAUAAAGGAUUUAGAUGAUUUUGCUGGUCAAGUUCCAGGACCCAGGCAAGCAGAUAGAGAAAUAAGGUUUCUGCUGCAAGCGAUGUCAGACUCGUAUUGUUUCGACUGGUCUCUGUUGUUGUCACUUGCCUUACGAGACGCACCUUUGGUUAAUCAAGUCAUAGAGGAUAUCUUGCUUUUGGGUAUGGAUGAACUUGCUUUAGAGAACUUCAUUCGACUUCGUGAUGGUAUUAAAACCUUGGAAAAUUGGGCCAAUCACGAAUGUCUGGGUUACAGUGCCUUCUUUGGUCAGUUCAAAACUCAAUGGCAAGCAUUAUCUGAAGCCAUCAGUACAGUUGCAACGCGUUUAGCAGAAAAUCAAAUGACAAGUCGAAAUGUUGAACAACAGGAAAAUAUUGACGAAGGAACGAUUUUCAAUGAAAUGAACGAAGUGACUGAUGAAGAUAAAGUAGAAUCUAGUGAUCCUUAUGACUGCGUUGUCUCGUAGUAUAUAUAUACAUGUGAAUAUACUACAUUUGCGACGAAUUCUCUACGUUACAGUACAUUGACACCAAUGUAUGCGCAGUCAGAGGCCAGGUAUUAUAAUGAAAAAAUGUUUAUGGAACAUCUCACGCAUUUAGGCAAACAAACGACUGACGACUAGUACUGGUUUAGGUUACAUCAACCAACAUAUUUUUGAGAAGGUGAAAUAUAUGCAGGAAGAGCUAGCAAUUCAAAUUAGU